AUGAAGCGCCCUUAUAAAAUUAUAUGCAAAAAAGACACCAUUCAUGAACCACCACCAAAACCAACAUCCAAAAAAAUAGCCACAGAGAAAUACCUUCAAAGAAACAGAAAAAUAAAGAAAAAAAAAAAGAAAAAAGAAGCGCCAGUCAAGAACCGUUACCAAAAGAACCAACAAACCAAGAACCGCUACCAAACAACAACCACCAAGAACGACCACCCAGAAGCCACCACCACAAAAAAAGUCAAGAACCCCCACCACCAACCCCACCAGACGACCCCCACCAAGAACCCCUACCAGACGGACCCCCACCACACAACCCCCACUGACGGACCCCCACCAGACGACCCCCACCAGACGACCCCCACCAGACGACCCCCCACUAGACGUCCCCCACCAGACGACAUCCACCCAAACAACCCCCCACCACACAACCCCCCACAGGACGACCCCCACCAGAACCCCCACCAGACAACCCCCACCACACAACCCCACUAG